AUGAUCAAAGUUCUUUUAACAGGAGGGAGCGGUUUCAUCGCGUCACAUGUCCUCAGAAUUCUCUUGGAUCGCGGUCACUCUGUCGUAACCACUGUUCGAUCCCAGGCCAAGGCAGACCAUAUCAAGAGUACUUAUUUUGAUGUUCCUUCAUCCCGACUCGACUUUGCCAUCGUUGAGGAUAUUUCUGCUGAGAAUGCAUACGAUGAAGUGAUGAAGUCAGCUCCUUUUGAGGCUGUCAUUCAUACAGCGUCACCUUUCCAGCUCUGGGGCGACGACAUCAAGAAGACUUUUAUGGAUCCGGCCAUACUGGGUACCACUGGGCUGCUUGAAGCUGUCAAGGCUUAUGCGCCAACGGUCAACCGUGUUGUCAUCACUUCGUCUCUCGCGACAGCUGCUGUGGUGCCUGUUAACUCAAGCUAUGUUCAUUCUGCGAAAGACUGGGUCGAAGUGUCGGAAGAGAAAGCCUACUCAAAUCCAUGGGACGGCUAUGUUGCAAGCAAGGUAUAUGCCGAGAAGGCGGCGUGGGAUUUUGUAAAGAGGGAAAAUCCACAAUUUACCAUCACAACAAUUCUCCCUGCUUUCGUCCUCGGUCCAAUCAUCCAUGACGUUGGCUCACUCGAUACCAUCAUGACUUCGGGGCUACUGAUCCGCGAUUUCUUAUCUGGUAACUACAAAGAUGAGAUUGCACCAAGUCCGAUUGGCCGGUUCACUGAUGUCAGAGAUGCGGCCAUGGCGCACGUCAGAGCCAUUGAAGUCAGGGAAGCCGGUGGACAACGGUUCUUGGUCGGCAGUGGCACAUACUCCAACAGACAAGUGGCUACUAUCUUAUGGAAGAACUUUCCAGCUCUUCGAUCCAAGCUCCCGGGGCCAGAGGUCAAGUCUGGUGAUUUCCCAGUUGGAGGAGUGCCCGAUUUCGAUGUUGAGCCGUCCAAGAAGAUAUUGGGUAUGGUGUAUGCAACUCUCGAGGACACUAUCGUUAGCAUGACUGGUUCUAUGGUUGGGCUUUACAAAGAGUGA